CGGCGACCGGUAAAGCUACCGUACGGUCCAACCAUACGGCCUCACACCAGUCGUUCCCUUCAGCAGCACAGAAAGAGCAGGCAAUACCUCAAACAUGGUGAACAUUACAGAGAAGAUCAAGGAGAUUGAGGAUGAGAUGAAGAGGACGCAGAAGAAUAAGGCCACAGAAUACCAUCUUGGUCUCUUGAAAGGAAAGCUCGCUCGUCUCCGUGCUCAGCUACUCGAGCCCGCCCCAGGUGCCGGCGGCGGCGGCGGAACAGGAUUCGAUGUCUCCAAAUCUGGCGAUGCACGCAUAGCCCUCGUUGGGUUCCCUUCAGUUGGAAAAUCGACCUUCUUGUCACGAGUCACUAAGACAAAGUCUGAAGCAGCAUCAUAUGCUUUCACCACACUGACUGCCAUCCCCGGUGUGCUGGAGUAUGGCGGUGCUGAAAUCCAGGUCCUCGAUCUUCCUGGUAUCAUCGAAGGUGCCGCUGAGGGCAAGGGACGAGGACGCCAGGUCAUCAGUGCAGCUAAGACGAGUGAUCUGAUUCUGAUGAUCCUCGACGCCACGAAGAAGGCCGAGCAGAGGAGAUUGCUCGAAGCCGAACUGGAAGCAGUCGGCAUCCGCCUGAACCGCGAGCCACCCAACAUCUACCUCAAGCCCAAAAAAGCCGGCGGGAUGAAAAUCAACUUCCAAACCCCCCCAAAAGGCGGCCUCGACGAAAAGCUCAUCUACCAAAUCCUCAAAGACUACAAGAUGCUCAACGCCGAAGUGCUCAUCCGCGACGAGUACGCCACGGUGGACGACUUCAUCGACACCAUCAUGAUCAACCACCGCAAGUACAUAAAAUGCCUGUACGUCUACAACAAAAUCGACGCCAUCAGCCUGCCGCACUUGGACCAACUCGCCAGAGAACCGCACACGGUCAUCAUGAGCUGUGAGUUGGAUCUGGGUCUCCAGGAUGUGGUCGAUCGGUGCUGGGAGGAACUGCAGUUGAUGCGGAUUUAUACGAAGAGGAAGGGGUAUGACCCGGAUUUUAGCGAGGCGCUGAUUGUGAGGAGGGGGAGCACGAUUGAGGAUGUGUGUGAUCAGGUGCAUAGGACGCUGAAGGAGACGUUCAAGUAUGCGAUGGUGUGGGGCGCAAGUGCGAGGCAUGUGCCGCAGCGGGUGGGGUUGAGUCAUGUGGUUGCGGAUGAGGACGUUGUGAGUAUUGUGGCGAAGUGAAGCGGAGGUCGAGAGGGAGCGGGUGCUGUGUGUUCAAAAGGGUGUGUGGCUUCGAAGUCCAAGUCUACACGCAGUCAUCAAGGAAGGCCAGUAGCGUGAUAGUGUUUCUCCUAUGUGAUGGUGAUGCGUAUUAGACAUUUGCUAAGUGUACUACAUACGAUGCAUACUUGCUAGACACAAUGCGGUGUCUGGGUAUCGACGAGAACAUGCAAUCAAUCAGAACAGAAACAGGAAGGAAACAUUAAGCCGCGAGGCGGAUGUGUAGU